AUGGAUGAUGCAAUUGGCCUACACUUCAAGGCGGCGCGGCAGCACCAAGAGCUGCUGCACCGUGAGGUCCUACAACAGCUGCAGUCUGUUUCGGCAAGCGUACACCAGCUCCAAGGUACCUUUGUCGGGCGCUUUCCCGCGGUGCAGAAGCUGAGUCAGGAAGAGGACGUUGUAUUUCGAAGUCUCCACGCACCUUCGCCAGACGAGUGCAAUGGAGCACUGUCGCUGGUCCCGACUCCGGUGAGCGGACAUCCGCCUCCGCCUCCGCUGCACAGAGUGGCAAGCUUGCCUCUUGGCGGGGUGAAUGAUUCCAGAAGCCCUCAGCAAACCGAGAGCUUCGCGCGGAUGAUGUCCACAAGACGCCAGUCAGAUGCAAAGCGCAUUAAGCUGGCAACCCUGAAUCAGGCUGUGCAGGAUUGUUUGCUGACUCUGCCUUCGAACGCCGCGAUGCCGAGCAUUUGUGACCAAAGCGGCUUCCGCUGGAUGUCUGGUUCAUCCGAAAUUCUCCUGACGCUUCUGAGAAUUGCUGCGGUUUCGACGUUUUGCGCUAUCGUCAUUGUCCGAAUCUUGGUCGACGUUCGUGGCGUGAGCUUCCACUUUCUCGCAGCAGUAACGAUGCUAUACAGUAUAGUGGGUGUUCACUGCGUUCGCCAGUUCAAGCGUGCCAUGCACUCGGAGAGCAUGAAGUUGGCGGAUCAGCAGCUGGGCCGAUUCGCACACGAGUUUGAGCUGGACUGUCAUUGGAGCUCUGCUGGUGGCGUCCGUACUUCCCAAUUCAUUGUGGUGUGGCUCCUUAUGGUCAUGGGUGACGUCGUACAGCACAUCUUCAAGGUAUGGAAUUUGGAUGAUUCUGACUCAGACUCGGAGAUUGGCAGGCUCGCCGCCCACGCCAUCCAGGCUGUUGCGGCCACGUGCUUUAUGGUUUACAGUGCCUUGGUGGUGCUGACUGUCAUCUCCCAAGCUCGCUGUUUGGCAGGACUUAACCGCAUGCUCGAUUGCUGGUGCAACGACUUGCUUUCAAAGUCCAAUUUCGCUGCUGCUGCACAAAGUUGGAACGUCAUGCAAGCAUCCAUCAAAUCGGUGGCACAGGCUUUGAGCAGGAGCUUCCUUAUUCUGCAGAGUUUAGCCUCGGUGGGGUUCUGCUUCCUGCUUGGUGGAACAGCCGGUAUGUCACUGCGUGCUGAAGCCACAACUGUGCAGCUCAUUGCUGAAGCAGCUUCUGCAUUUCCGUUGCUCUUCUUGUUUCUGGCAUCCCUGAUCUUGAUGUCACGAGCUGCGGCACUGACAGAGAAGUGCAGAUCCAUCCCCACGUUCAUCAACCAGAUUCCUUCAGACCGCGAUCUGGAUCCCGAUCGUCAGUACUUGUGCAGGUAUGUUGCUGACAGCUCGACAGGGUUCAUCAUCUUUGGCGUGACCAUCACGCAGGAACUGUUCCUCAAACAGGUCUAUUUUUUAGGGACGCUCCUGUCCGGUAUCUGUGGAGUACUCGUGCGUGCCUACAUGUGA